AUGAGCUACUACGACGAUUGUGGUGAUGAAUAUUCAUCUGAUGAUGAUGAUAUCUUUUAUCAUAAUUAUAGUGUAGAUUAUGCCAAUCAAAUAUUAAAUGGACAUCAUGCUGUUUCAUCAUGUUUACCACGUAUGCAUCAAAAACAAAGAAGAUAUUCACCACGAUUAGUGCGUAUCUCAACAUUGGAUCAAAUUCCUAUCGUUAAUCGAUCAGAAAUUCUUCCUUCAUUACAUAGCCGACCAAAAUUGAAUUAUGACGAAGAUAUUUCAUCAGUACCCAUUGCUCCUUCUCGUUUACCAUCAUUAGAAGCUACCAGUGAAGAAUUAGAAAGACGAGCAACACAAAGAACGCAAACGAUACCUCAGGAAACAUCAGCAACUAUUUCUCCAAUUACCAAUAAUACACCUACUGCUACUUACAAUGAUAAUAACAAUAAUAAUCCUCCAUCUGAAAAUGUGCACCGUCCAUUAAAUGAAGCUGAAUUAAGACAAGUUCAACAGCAACAAGAAGCUUUUCAACAACACUUACUCAAUAUGCAACGUCAUUUACUUGAACAGUCUCAACAAGAACAAGUUCCAACAUCAAAUUCAUCUGGACGAAGAACAAAAGUAUCCUAUCAUGAUCUUGAACUUGAUGAUGACCAAGCUCGCAUUGCGGAUUUAAUUGAGCAUGAUCCUUAUGUUGCAGCAGCUAUGGAAGAUUUUGCUUAUACACAUGGAUUAUUGGAUUGCAACAGACAAAGAACUGAUUCUAAUCAUUCAUCAUCGCAAAAUUCUCAACAUAUAUCUAAACGACAUCGAAGUCAAUAUGAUGAUGACGAUCGUUCUCAUCGAUCUUCUUCAUCUUUAUCAUCAUCUGUAUCAGUAUCGUCGCUAAACAAUGUAACAUCAAAGAUAAAAGAUUCUAACGUUGAAAUUAUUUUAUUGCGUGAACUUAAAGAAAUUAGACGUUUAAUGGAAGAAUUUGUUCAUAGUACAAAUAAUGUGAAUAAUCUCAGAGGAAUGAGUGUUCAUUAUCCAACUGUUGACCCAGUAACUGAUUAUCGACCAUCCAUGGUACCACGUAAACAGAAUCCACCUCCAGAACCAAAUCAAAUUUUAUAUCAAAAUGUUGUUGAUACUAUAAGAGAAGUUAUGGAUCGACGUUCUCCUUCUCAACGUGAACAACAAUUAAAACCGAGUGAAAUAAAUGCAAAAUACAAAUAUACUUCUAAAAGAAAACCACCAAAUCCAUUAUCAACUCAUCAAUCCACAGUUAUGGAACGAUCAAUAUUACCAACGCAAAAUCAAAGACAACGAAACUCAUUACAAAUGACAACUCCACCAAUUGUUCCAUCGUCAGCAGCAUCAUCAUCAAAUGUUCCGCCUGCUCCUCCAUACGAAGCGUUAGUUAAUUUUUCUUCAUCUCGAUCAACAACAAUAAAAGAUCGUAAUUUAUCUUAUGGAAGUCGUCAAAGACAAGCAAAUGUUUAUGAUAGACUUUUACCAGGAAAUUAUUUACGCUUAUAUACCAAUAAGUAUAAUUAG